AUGGAGCUACAGACUGGUACCUUAGCGGACGAACCACUCCAUCUAAACGCUUGUGGGGUGGUGGGACACUGCAGUGAACCAACGGACGACUUGGACAUGAACUUCUUGUCCGACUUGCUGCCGUCCGACAGCUCGCGAGUGGAACUUCUAUCCACGAGUAACGAGUCAGGGGACUCAUCACCGACAGGCAGUCUCAGUAGUGAUUCAGCCGAUACAAAGGCUGAGCCUGGACGGGAGCAAGAGAGACGACAGACCGAUCGCAAGGCAAGACGACGAGCACAAGUCGCCAGCAGCGCUCGACGCCUGCGUUGCAAGAAGAAGAGGAUGACGCUGAAGACCGAGGCGAACUACUUGGAGCAACAAUUGGACACUCUCCGCUCAAGACACAAACAAUCGCGUGCUAAUAACGCCGUAGCAGCGUGGGAAGAGCGAGCCAUUGCACAGCGCCAUAAGCGGCGACAGGCGGAGAAAACGAACGAACAGCUACGACAAGCAUUAUUUCUACAAAGUGGCUUUGUACGGAACCUCCGGUCGAUGUUCAUCGACACGAUGCCGUGUAGUAUUGAAUUAAAUAUGCGCAACUUCCUCCACACACCCACGCGUCUACUGAAGGACCAACGCUCUCGAGUACGAAAUUUGGAGAGUGUUUGCACCGAUGCGAAGCUUGACAUGGCUAAGCAGAUCAUCAUGGAGGAAACGGGCGGGAUUAAGCCAUUCACAACGCCUCACAUUGCCUGCCAACAGAUCGAUCUGGGACGUGACGGCUUUGGAAUGGCCACAGUGGCUGUGUACGCGCUGGAAACUCGAAACGCGUGCAAAACGUUCAAAGCCACGUGCAGUGCCGUCAUGAACUGUGCUGCAGAUUUACCCCCAACGAAGCUCAACAUUCGAUACGGGAAGUCCCACAACGUCUACGAGAGCGACGCUACGGGCGAUCGGGUGUCUGUGGAGGGCCGAGAGAUCUCGUACUACCGCAUGACCAAGGACUGCGGUAUCUUCCUGUGGGAUUAUGUGGAUGCGGACGAUCUGAAUCCGAUGCAGAAGGAGACGACUGCUAGGCGCUGCACGAUCGGAGCGUAA